ACUCGUCCGUCCCCUCUUGUCGCCGUAGCCUCCCGCUGGUGAGCGGUUAAAGCAAACCAAAAGGACUAAAAUGGCGCUUAGUCAAGGAACAAAGAAAAAAGUUUGCUACUACUACGACGGUGAUGUUGGAAAUUAUUACUAUGGCCAGGGGCACCCCAUGAAGCCCCACCGUAUCCGCAUGACGCACAACUUACUGCUCAACUAUGGCCUCUACAGAAAGAUGGAGAUAUAUCGUCCACACAAAGCCAGUGGUGAGGAGAUGACCAAGUAUCACAGCGAUGAUUACAUCAAAUUCCUGCGCUCCAUCCGUCCAGACAACAUGUCAGAAUACAGCAAACAAAUGCAGCGGUUCAAUGUAGGUGAAGAUUGUCCAGUGUUUGAUGGUUUAUUUGAGUUCUGCCAGCUCUCAGGAGGUGGCUCUGUUGCUGGUGCCGUCAAGUUGAACAAACAGCAGACAGACAUAGCAAUCAACUGGGCAGGUGGCCUGCAUCACGCCAAGAAGUCUGAGGCCUCUGGAUUUUGCUAUGUCAAUGACAUUGUCCUCGCUAUACUGGAGUUACUGAAGUACCACCAGAGAGUUCUCUAUAUAGACAUCGACAUCCAUCAUGGCGACGGCGUGGAGGAGGCGUUCUACACGACAGACCGCGUCAUGACUGUGUCUUUCCACAAGUAUGGAGAGUACUUCCCCGGCACCGGCGACCUGAGAGAUAUUGGUGCUGGGAAGGGAAAAUAUUAUGCUGUGAAUUACCCUCUGAGAGAUGGGAUUGAUGAUGAGUCUUAUGAAGCCAUAUUCAAGCCUAUUAUGGCCAAGGUGAUGGAGAUGUACCAGCCCAGUGCUGUGGUUCUGCAGUGCGGCGCAGACUCUCUGUCAGGCGAUAGACUCGGCUGCUUCAACCUCACCAUUAAAGGACAUGCCAAGUGUGUGGAGUACAUGAAAAGUUUCAACCUGCCUCUCCUCAUGCUGGGAGGAGGCGGCUAUACCAUCCGAAAUGUAGCACGCUGCUGGACAUAUGAAACCGCCGUCGCACUUGAUACAUCAAUCCCUAAUGAACUCCCAUACAAUGACUACUUUGAGUACUUUGGACCAGACUUCAAGCUGCACAUCAGCCCCUCCAACAUGACCAACCAGAACACCAACGACUACCUGGAGAAGAUUAAGCAGCGUUUAUUUGAGAACCUGCGCAUGCUGCCCCACGCUCCAGGGGUACAGAUGCAGGCCAUUCCAGAAGAUGCCGUACAGGAAGAUAGUGGCGACGAGGAAGCGGAGGAUCCCAACAAACGCAUCUCCAUCCGUGCUCAUGACAAGAGGAUAGCGUGUGAGGAGGAGUUCUCUGACUCGGAGGAUGAAGGUGAAGGAGGCCGCAGAAACACGGCGAACUUCAAGAAGGCCAAGCGAGCCAAGACGGAAGGAGAGAAAGAGAGUGAAGAAAAGGAGAAGAAAGGUGAGGAGGAAACAAAAGAAGUAAAAGAUGAGGAAAAGGCACCAGAGGAGGAGAAAAUGGACACAUCAAAGCCAAAAGAGGAGUCGAAGACACCUUAAGGUCCUACCCACCCAAUGAUGCCAACGUUGGGAAGAAAAGAUCUUAAAGCAACAUUCUUUUUUUUAAUACUUUGUGGGUGGAGGGAUUGCUUCUGUGGAAUAGGUUAUAAAAUGGGACAGGAAGUUGUUUUUCCCACCUUGGACACUUUUCCAAUAUUACUGUUAAUAAUAAGUUACUGUUAGAAUGUCUUUUGUAUGCUUCUGAUCUUCACCCAAACCUUUUAUGCUCCAACUCUUGUAUUUCUUUUGUCAGACAACUUAAAAAAUGGCUUGGCAUUGCCAGUCAUGGUUUUAUAUCUUUGAAUUUAAUUUAUUUAAAUCAUAGAUACUUUCACCCUUUAGGAAUUUUUUGUUUUUGUAUUUCAGUCUCACUUAUGUCCUGUGCCUUUUGAGAGUAUAUGGUAGUACUUGCAUGUUUGUAUAAUAAUAUAGAGCCUUUUCUAUAAUACUUGUCUCUGUAGUCUUCCCUGCUAAAGUCUCCAGGAAUAAUUUGUGUACCUGUGAAUAUUUAUAAUAAUAAUGGGAUAUUUGAGUUUCAAAAGGAUUACAGAUAUUUAGUUUGUGUAGUGUAAUUUGAAACAGCAUAUCAAUGUUUGAAUAUGGAAAAGUGGCAGGUAUAAUGCUAUUCAAUUUAAAGUGUAAUUGCUUAUUUGAAAUCUAAAUGAGAACCUUCAAUAUUUUCUAAUCUCAUUAAAAUUUUACCAAUAAAUGUAAUUACGCCAAUAAAAUUGCUGUAAAGAUAAUGGAGCAUGUUUCUAUAAGCAGUCAAAUGAAAAAGCUGACCACCUUGUAUUAACAUUUUUAAUAAUAUGGUAAUUACAUAAAAUGGCAGUGUUUUAACAAGUAAAAAAAGCGUUAUGUAGUAAAAAUAUUAAAGACAAAUGUCUGUAUCACUCAAAAUGUUAGGCUCAUGUAGUUUCAACCUCUCUUAUUGGGUUUGGUGAGCUCAGAGCCAGUGGCUCUGCUCUGCUGCAGCACCGCUGUCCAGCAACACAUCUCGCUCCACAGCCUCGGUAUCAACCUCGGUCAGCUGCUCAGAUGGAGGCGAUUGGGAGAUUUCAACAGCCCUCUGCAUGCGGACCUGAAACCAUCCAACUUUUGUGAAACACUCAGGACAAGAACACCUGAACGGUGCAAUCAUCUUCCAAGACCUGAACGUGUUACCUUGGAAAUCAGUGAAUGACUGAAUUGGUAACAAAAUGUGUUAAGAUUCUCCUAUACAAGCGCAGUAAAGUACACCCUUGUCUGAUAGAUGAGUUGUGUACUAUAUGUGUACUAACGUGUUAAAUGCCAAAUCUGGCUCAGGUUGGAAUGAAUUGUAAACAAUUUACAGAAUAACACCAGUAUUUACAGAUAUGAGCCAGAAAAUUUGAAUAUCAAGGGAAAGUUCAUUUAAA